UUACAGGAAAAGGGAGGUGGAGAUGUGAUAACGACCAUCUCUCAACGAUCCGAAAGAGUGGAUCCCGAUCUCGAGAAUCUUAAAUCACUCGCCGUCAGUAGGCCAAUAUUGAAGUCAGCUCCUCCCAGAGAAAGUAGCUUAACGGACAUCUUAGUUAGGAAAGCUUUAUCGUCUUCCUCUUCAGCCUAUACGGUGGAUCCUCAAAUACUUGUUGAGCUCUUCUCCAUUUACCGUGAAUUUCAAAACAGCAAAGCUCAAGAAAUUACCAACAGACAGGAAGAUAUUGAAAACAAGAUAGAAGUGGCAGAUGCUUUGGCUUCUAAACUUCUACAGAGGUUUAACCACUCCGUUUCUGCUAUGAGGACCACUUCCCACCAUUUAUCUCAAGUUAAUGGGUUGCAGGUGGAGCUUGGGGACCUCAAAGGAAGGUUGACAGAGGUGAUCAACAACUGCGAUACCUUAUGUAAAAGAAUUAAUGCUGAGGGGCCUCAAUCUCUCAGGUCAACAGUGACGCCAUUUACUCUUGCACCACCUGAUUCGGGAAGUUAUUAUGUAAUACGCUUUGUUUUGCCUUUGAUACAAAAACAAAAUCCAGAGUGGAUGAUGAUGAUGAUUUGCAGUUUAUCGACUUGAGCAGCUUU